GAUUGGCCGGAUGAAUGAAUGAGAAGGUUAUUUUUUAAUUCAUUCGUCAUAAUUCUCCAAAAGCUCUACCCAAGCUUUCUCUUUCCAACACCAACGACGGUCACAUCGUUCAACGCCGCUACCAUGCGAGGCGUCUCUCUUCUGGCUAGGAGAGGUCGGCCAGAUCAAUUGGCAUAUCGGACAAGUUACGUCUGUCGCCAAUGUAGAGCUAUUCAAAUUAGCUCCUCUCCUUCCACCGGAUCACCUCGUCUCGGCAAUGAUGCGUUUGGUAUAUCGAUCAACGCAUCUAAAGAUGUCGCAGAUGCCCGAUUCGAGGUGCUAGGAUCACCUUACUCCCUCCUCUCCGUCUCCCUAUCCGCUUCGCAAAGAUUAUACACACGCCGCGGCACACUCGUCGCGGUAUCGGGCAAAGCGCAAAAUGCGCAAUCCACGCUCUCCGUCCUCUCUCCCUUCACCCGAGCCAUCACCGGCGUACCAUUCCUCUACCAACGCAUAACCUCGACAACACCCCUCACAGCCUUAGUAUCCACCAAAUCACCUACUACGACAUUCACCGUUCUCCAUCUCGACGGCACGACAGAUUGGAUGGUAGCCCAACGCUCCGCGCUACUAGCAUGGACCGGUUACACCCUAUCCGUAACCCCACGAAUCCAAACCCGCCUUCCACUCGCACACUGGGGUUCCUCCGAACUCACCGGUCGCGGUCUAGCCGCCCUCUCCGCUCCAGGUCACAUAUACCAACUUUCCCUCGCCGAGGGCGAAGAAUUCGUCGCACACCCCUCCCACGUCGUCGCAUACACGUUAUCUAAAAACCCACCUCUACCCUUCCGCUUCAAGAGCUCGGGCAUUAGGUUCCAGGUCCCGGCGAUAACGAACUGGUUGGGAGAUACGGAGUUUUUGAAGAAUAUGCGUAAGACGGAGGUUUAUAAGUUCCUGUCGAGGGUACUGUUUGAUUUACGCACGGUGGCGCGACGGACGAUUUGGGGUGAUAGGUUGUUUCUUCAGUUUAGAGGGCCGGUUACGGUACUGAUGUCGAGUCGGGGGGUGAGGGUUAGUGAUGUGUUGACUAGGGAUGAUGUUAAUGAGAUUGCGGAUGCGCCGAUGGGUGUUGCGCCACAGGCUGUGGAGUUGGCUGCUAGGCCGAAGACGAAAGGGGGGGGAGGGAAGGGAGAGGGAGAGACGGAGGAUAAGGCGAAGGUUAAUAUUAAUGUUGCGAGCGUGGGGAAAGAUGGGAAGGUUGAGUUUAGGGAUGCGGCGAAUUUGAAGGAUUUUGAGAGGUAGAAUCCUAUGUGUAGGGCUGUUGAUAUGAAAAUUAAAAAGUGUAUUAUACGGCAAUUACUAGAAUUCCAACGGGGUCGCACGUCGCGUUGCCCCUUUAGAGUUGAGGAAUAGAUGUACGAUAUCCCCAUAAACUUACCACAUAUGAACUCUUAUACAUUGGGUGGCAUGUAGUCAAGAGUGUAUACUCGAUAUACAAUUUAAAUUGCUACUAGAAA